GCGACUAGGCGGGGAGGCCUGUGACACGGUGUGGUGAGAGACGGUGGUGUAAUGGCCCAACACGGUGUAACUCCUCCGGCUGAUGAGAAAGAAGAACAAGUAUGGAGCUGGGGGGCAGGAACGGACGGUCAACUAGGGACUGCCACGUUGCAAGACGAGCAUCUCCCGCAGCUUCUCUCACUAAAGUCACUUGCUUCCAUAUCGAUGCUCGCCUGUGGCGGCGCUCACGUCAUCGCCUUGACUUCUGGUGGUAAGGUGUUGACAUGGGGAAGGGGAAACUCUGGUCAAUUAGGACAUGGAGACAUCCUCGACUCUUCUUUGCCUAAACCAGUAUCUUUCUUCCAAGACUAUGUUGUAACUCAAGCCUCAGCUGGAUGGAGCCACUCUGGUUUUGUCUCAGACUCCGGUUGCCUAUUCACAUGUGGCAAUGGCUCAUUUGGUCAGCUUGGUCAUGGUGAUAACAUGUCACUUUGCUCUCCAACUAAAGUCUCUUUCUUUGUUGAUAAGACUGUGAUGAUGGUAGCUUGUGGUAUGCGCCACUCACUUGUCCUGUUCGCAGGGAAUCAUGUGUGCGGAUUCGGUUCUGGAAAACGCGGACAGCUAGGUAUCUCAUCACAGAAAACAAAGUCAGUAGUAAAUCUUCCAUGUGUUGUCUCUGGAUUAGAAGAUGUUGAGGUUGUUCGUACAGCGGCUAAUGGAGACCAUAGUGCAGCUAUCUCCGCUGAUGGACAGAUGUUCAGUUGGGGAAGAGGAUUCAGCGGCAGUCCUGAUGUUCAAACCCCUCAGUGUUUGCCUUCAUCUCUUUCUUUCAGAGAAGUUGCUUUAGGAUGGAAUCAUGCUCUGUUACUAACCGUGGAUGGCCAAGUUUUCAAGCUUGGUAACACUCUUGAUAAACAAUCCGAGAAGCAACAACUGCAAGUAGAUUCCUCUGAACCUCUCUUGGAGAAAGUUCCAGGCUUUGACGGAGUUAAAGCUGUGCAAAUUGCAGCUGGAGCAGAGCACUCUGCUGCUGUAACAGAUAAUGGAGAAGUUCAGACAUGGGGAUGGGGUGAACAUGGUCAGCUAGGUCUUGGAAACACCAAUGAUCAGAACAAUCCUCAACUGGUGAGACUGGGAAGUGUAGACAAGCGGACGAAAGAGACCAAAGUAUAUUGCGGAAGUGGAUUUACCUAUGCAGUAAGGCGAAUACAACAGCUUUCGUCUUCAUCAUAGAAAUGGAUGUAUCAUAUCUAAUGUGUAACACUGUACAAUGCGGGAAGUCAAAUUUUUUGCUUUAUUCUCGUCAGAGGAACAUUGUCAUUACAAUGAAAAUUUUGAGAUAUACAGAUUCUUUUUUUUCUUAA